AUGGUAGCAGUGGUCGCGGAAGAGGAGCAGAGAGAAGUUAGGAAGAAGAACGACUUUCAGAACAAGGCCACCAGGAAGGGUAUUACCAAGAAGGAGUCCAUGUUCCGCACCAGUACCGCAGCUGGCAGUCAGAGCCUGCCCGCCGACAACAGCAACAGCCCGCAACUACAAGUCACAAACAUCUCCAUCCCCACAAUACACCCCACAAACUCUCAACUCAACAUGUCGUCUAUGGGCAGCUCAACCGAUGAGCGGGAGAGCAUCAUCAACGUCAUCCGCAGCACCCUCCGCCUUCUCUCUUGCACUUCAUACAGAGAGCCAACUCACGCGUACAUUGAGAUCGCAACCAAUGAUGUGGCGCAGUCUGGCCGCCCAGAGCCUCCCCGACAACCCACCUACUGCAGCCUUCCACGAGGAAUCCGCCGCAUGUCUGCGCCUACUGUUGAGGUCAUCAACGCCGGUCACGAGGAAACAGACUCCGGAUAG